UAACGAUCUUGUAUUUCAUUUGGACCACUCCCGUUGCUCCUUUAUGGUCUUUCGUACGCGUAAGCAUGCAUGUUUCCAAGAGACCAUCGACGUCAAAUAUGCAUUCGAUCUUGGCUUGCGGCCAUAUAUCUCAGCUGCGAGCCAUCUUAACCAGCUUGCUCUCGUUUUGAUUUCAACUGCUGUUGCUCGUAUAGAGAGCAAAGCAUAUACUGUGCCCAAUCAACGAACUUGAAAGAUCGAUUUUCCAGUAAAAUAUCAUGUCGCACAAUACCAUGCUCGCCCGAAUCACCUUUUACUUCAGUCUAGUGUCUCUAGCAACCGCCCAAUUCGGCCCUGGAGGCAGAUACGGCCCCUACCGAGGCCCUGAUCCGGGACCAGGCUACGGACCCUAUGGACGAGGAGGCAGAGGCCGAGGACCCUUCGGCUACACCAGCUACCAGGACUUCCUCAACCAGCGCGAGAAGAUCGUCAUCGCCCACGGCGUGCUCGCCGCCCUCGCCUUCGUCAUCUUCUUCCCCGCAGGAGCAAUCCUAAUCCGCCUCGGGUCCUUCCGCGGCGCAUGGCUCAUCCACGGCCUGCUCCAAACGUUCGCGUUGGUCACCUACAUCGCUGCAUUUGGCAUCGGCGUCUGGAUGGUCAAUAACGUCCCCGUCAACCUCCUCGACCACUACCACCCCAUCAUCGGCAUCGUCGUGCUCGUCCUCUUAGCCUUCCAACCCAUCCUCGGACUCCUGCACCACUCGAAGUUCAAGAAGCAUGGUCGUCGGACUAUCUGGACGUACGGACAUCUCUGGCUGGGCAGGAUCGCCAUCACGCUGGGGAUCAUCAACGGGGGGCUCGGGAUGCUGUUUGCCACGGAGACGCGGAUGUUCGUUCCCACGAGGGGCCAGAUGAUUGCGUAUGGGGUGGUUGCGGGGCUCGUGUGGUUGCUUUGGGUGUCGGUGUCGGUGUUCGGAGAGGUGAAGAGGGUGAGGGAGAGGAGGAGGGUUAGUACUAAAGAGGCGGAGUUGGAGGGGAAGGAUCAAUAUGCUUAAUGAUGCGGAGUGGUCGUAUAUCUUGUGUUUAUGCGGGCCAGAUGUAUAUUUGGAGAUCUCCGGGUAUUGGAAGUGUGCGGUUCAAAGGCUCGGAAUGGACCCGUUGGAAGGAUGCAGGGUAUCAUACCAAGAAGAACAAGAGUACUUGUUUGGGAGGUAACUCAGGAUUUGGUAAAAGAUCGCCUGUUCAUGAAGUCAAUAUCGAUACCCGCAUAUCGAUUGCUGAGACGGAAAAACAUGUGGACUUAGGGAUCCCGCGGACCCCACGGCCCCCAUAGCGAUUUCAAUAGAACCAUUUUCAAAAUCAAUAAUUGCA